AUGCCUUCAUCCAGGCCAACAACCCCAGCAACACCUGCAUCUCCCAAGACAUUCAAAAUCAAAGAGCCACAGCCCGGCGUGCCACUUUUUGGAUGUGAGCACAUGCAGAUGCUUUUAGGGUCCUCUGCGCCGGAUCGUAUGAACCGUACUAUCCAAAACUACAGGACAUGUCUCCGUGUCAUAUUCGAGAAUACUCCCAUUGUCCCGCAGACCUCCAAGACCCAGAAGGGGCAGCCGUUCACUUCUCUCACUCCGAACUACCUCUGCCUACAGUGUUCCGCCACCACAACCGAACAAGGCCGCAUUGAACAUGGGACGGAGACUUGCCAUAGGUUCUAUGUCGAAUCGAGAAAUGGCUGUUUGUUCUGCCAGAUGUGCGACGACUUUAUCUGGGAUCCUACUUUGGAGGACUUGAGGUUGCGCAAAUCUGGCAAGGGAUCAUUCACCCGAAAACGAAAACUCGAUGACCUCUUCACCGAUCCCGUCAAGGAAGACCCGAGAUUUAUAUCGACAAACACUGUGGAAGCGCCUUGCCGUGCGAGCGGUAUUAGGGGGAUCUAUAAUAUGGGGGCCACCUGCUACAUGAACGUCAUCCUCCAAUGCUUCGUCCAUAACCCGCUGCUCCGGAACUUUUACCUCGGGGACGGACACCAAAGUGGCGAAUGCUCAUACAAAAAUUGCAUGAGUUGCGCGAUGGAUGAUAUGUUCCAGGAUUUCUACGCUCAAGAGACAACGACAGGUUAUUCAGCUUCCAAUAUCCUUGCGAGCUUCUGGCUUUCGAAGCGUAAGGCCUAUGAAGAGCUGGCUAGCAACAAGGAGCAAGAUGCCCAUGAGUUUUUCCAAUUCCUCACAGAGGAACUCCAUGAAAUAAAUGGCGGUGGAAAGCUAGCAGAGCGCGAGAGCAGUCCAUCGUCAAAACGAGUUAAAGGAGACAAUGACCCUGGUUGCAAAUGCAUUGUGCACCAGACAUUUUAUGGCAAGCUCCAGAGUACCAUUACCUGUCAGGCCUGUGGAGAUGUCAACACAUCUGUCGAGUCUUUUCUUGAUUUGAGUUUAGGUCUGGAUGUGCUAUCCAAGAAAAAGAGCCUCAAGGGAUCGUCGGCUUUAAGUCUGCAACGAUGUCUUGAUGAGGAAUAUAUCAGGCCGGAGCGCUGCGAGUAUACCUGCCACCAAUGUGGUACACAGGAAGCAAAGAAACAGUUGAGUAUCAAGAGCUUACCGAAUGUUCUUUGUAUACAGCUAAAGCGAUUCAAACAAAAUAACGGCCUCGCAUCUAAGAUUGAUACUAAAGUAUCCUUCCCACUCAAACUUGAGAUGUUCCCUUUCACAAAUCGCGCAAGAAGCCAGGAUUCAAAGCAAAACUACGAAUUAGCUCGAUCCUGCACGUAUGAUCUUCAAAGUGUUGUCGUCCACGUCGGUAAUCUUGAAACUGGCCAUUACGUCUCAUACUCUCGAGUGGGGAACCAGUGGUUCAAAUUCAAUGACCAUAAUGUCACAUUAGCAUCAAAGUCACAAGUUCUAAACGAACAGGCGUUUCUCUUAUUUUAUGUAGUCCGGUCACUAGCAUAG